AUGGAUAUCCUGGAGGUAGAUGCCCACUACAGGAGAAAGGUGGCAGCCAAUACAAGGAGCCUGCUCUAUAAGCUGCUGCCUUUUAUCCUCUUUUGCGCUUUGUACUUCAUCCUCUGGCUUCCUGAGACCACCGUGCUGAGUGCUGUCGUCAAGUGCCUCCCAGUUCUUUCCCUGGCCGCCUUCGUGGCCUCCUACUCCUACAGUGUUGGCGUCUGGACACCGUACAUCCGCCGCAUUUUUCGAGGCCUGCUGUUCUCGGCAGUGGGGGACAUCUGCUUGGUGUGGUCAGAACUUUUCUUUCUAGGGGCAGCUGCCUUUGCUGUGUGCCAUAUCUCCUACAUCUCAGCCUUUGGCCUGCGUCCCUUUCGGCCUCUCAUCUUCCUCAUGACUCUGGGGUCUAUGGCUGCGAUAUACACCAUCCUUCUGCUCCCCUGCUUGGAGGGCAUCGAUGUCCAUGCUGUGGCAGCCUAUAUGGCCAUAAUCGGCAGCAUGGCCUGGCGCGCAAUGUCUCGUCCGGAACGUCAGCUGAGCUCUUUGGUUGGAGGCGUGAUUUUCAUAGUCUCGGAUCUGUUUGUUGCCCUUAAUCAGUUCUGCUCCACGGUGCCUCAUGCCCGCAUCCUGAUCAUGACCACCUACUUCGCUGCCCAGGUCUUGAUUGCAGUGUCUGUGGCCUCUCAUAAGAUCUCCCAGAAAGAGAACUGAACACAGGAGUUGGGCUGUUGUCACAUGGAACAUUUUGUGCAGAGAGAAGACCACAAGAAUCCUGCCUCUUGACUCCUUCGCUCUCAGGUUCAACUUGCCCUUCACUUCCCCCAAAGAAGCUAAGCAGCUCUGGCAGACAGGCACUUUUCUGGAUUCCUUGCAGAGAUCUUUCAGUUGUGCUUUAUUCCAGACCAUUCCAACAGCCACUCCGUAUGCUGUGUCGCACCUACACACAUAU